CAGCAGUUUGCACCCAGCAAAAGUGGUUUCUUCGGGAAGCAAUGUUACCUUGCACAUGGGGUCACGAUGGCUGAGGCAUGCCUUGUCUUACAUUAUGGUGUAGUGGGAAGGAGUGCUAUUGGGCAAUGGAUGCACACAGCAUGGCUGUGUAGAGCGUUAAUCAAUUGAGGAGCGUACCUAUUGGCUGCGGUUGUGGCUGCUGAAGUUCUUCCUCCCACGGAGAGUCGUCUUUCUCUAAGCAUUUCUGGGCUGCGUAGUCGAGGCUGUGACAGUCGAGUGACCCGACAGCUUGGUCGAGGUGGCCGCUGUACAAGUGUAUCUGCUUAUAGAUCAGGGUGUGGAACAUUGAACGAGUACAUAUAACUCAUGUUCAAGUGUAUUGCCCAAUUUCAUGAGCCAUCCAGCCCAAAUUAAAACCUUUUUAUUUUCGAGUUCUACUAUUAGUUAUACUUUACAAAGCCUUUGAACAUGCCUUACUUCUGGGAUUUUCGUACUGUCCUCGACGUCGACCCUGAGAACGAUCGGACUUGCGUUGGUACUGCGCAAAAGGGCGAAAGGUGCUGCAAUCCAAUCAACAGGGCUGAUCGGGCCACAGCAGGCCUCUUACUUGAUCAAAUGGACAGAUCAAAGAGUUUCAAAAGUUCCAUCGAUGAAUUAGAAAUCCUUGCGGAAUUACUUCUCUGCAAACCCGUUCACAAUAAUCACAAAGCGAAAGCAUACCUAUCUCAGGUAGACACAAUUACCGCCGAAUGGACGAUCAUAGUAGAGGAAGAAUAUCGAUUGAUGAGAAAGCGGAAAGGGAAAGUAAGGGCAGAGAAAGCGAAGAAAGAGCUUCUGCGAAUGGCAGAAAAUGCCAGACACAUGAAGGCUGAGCUAGAAGAGGAGAGAGCGGACAUAAAGUCACAUAAGUCCUCGAAGUAUGAGCAAGGAGCUCGCCAGAAAUCAGACCAGAAAGAAGUUGCUGGACUUGAAGAUCCUUUCGUAUCAGCUACAGCUUCUGCUAAGUCGAGCACUAUCAUCUACAAUCCAAUACAGUCAAAUGGAGGUGGAAGGCAGAAGGUUAAAAAAUCCGAGACUGUGGUCAAGGUCGAAGCGGUGUCAAUUAAAGAUCCAGAACCUCGGGUUGUGCUCAAGACCAACACUGGCCUGCCAACACCAGACCAGACUCCAGAAGAUUCAAAGGACCAUACUGAACAACCCAAAGUUCAAGACAAGACCCCAUCUAAGGCCCCGACGAAGCUCAGAGAUGAGAAAACCAAUCCAUCCCUGACGCCUCCGUUGAGCACGAAAGUUAUCCGACAAACCACAGAAUUCACUUUCGAGUACGGACCAGGUCUCGAUACCCAAAAGAAUCUCAAGAACAAAUUGGAAGGGUUGAAAACUGUCACUGAACAGACUUGGUCUUUUCCUGUCUUCAACGACACAAAAGAACAAGAGGAGGCCAUUUCUACGAAUCCGAGUCCAUUGAAGCAACUUCAUUCGCCAACAGCGCUGGAUGCGCAAAUCGCGCGUAUCCCGCUAGGAGCAAAAAGUGUUUCUUCACAUAACAACUUGAAAACGAAGAAGGCCAAGCAAGCAGAGUAUGAAUUCGGAAACCAGGAAAAUACACCUUUCAAGAGCUUCAACUUCGAAAGUAGUGCUCUAGGUUCUAUGCUAGCCAACGGAGUCUUCAGCAAAGACACUCCUCCACCACCUCCUAUUCUAGGUCCACUGUUCGCCUUUGACCACUCUCCAGAAAGGAACUCUUCGAGGUCAGGAAGCAAGAAAGAAGAUUCACCUCUACCAGAAACUCAAUCUACCUCGAUGUCUCCUCCUGAUUCAAACUCACCAGUCAUCAUGAAAGCUCAACCCGUCCAAGAAUCCGAGUCUAACUCAAUGCCUCAACAAUGGCCAAACACCACAAAGUCCAAUGAAAACAACUAUAUCCACCAGGACACAGACAAUGCCUCAACCACCGACAUCGAAGCCACCACACCAACAACAAUUAUCGAACAACCCGCCCUGUUCAACCCACCCUCACCUCCCAAAUCCUACACACCAUCCAAACCCCUCCCUCCACCAAGAAAACAACCCUCCCCACCCCCAACCUUCGGCACAGCCCUCAUCAUCCCCCCCUCCGCACCCUACAAAACCCACCUCCCGUCCCGCCGCUCGCAAUACAUGUCACCACCAAAACCAGCGUCAGAAGAUAGCUACACCACCGACCUGCAGAUCUGGGAACGCAUUACGGCUGCGGAGAAACCGCUCCCGGGGUUACCUUGGGAGCCUGUUAAGCGGGGGGGUGGUAGUGUUGGGCUAGGGUUAGGAAUUGAUAGUGGAACCACGGUUGACGAGCAGAAUGACGAUCAGGACGUAGGCUGUUUGGGAUCGCGGAGGUUGAGAGUGUUGGUUAGGAGGGCGUUUGGGAGGCAGUGAUUUGAGGUUUAGUGAGUGAUUUGGAGUUUGGGGUGUUGGGACGGGGAGUUUGUUUGAUAUACCCAUUGACAUUUAGACUUUCUUUUAUGGUUUUGAUAGCGAUGAAAUUUCGAAAUUUUUAUAAUACAGUAGUUUGAUAUGCGAGCGGGGAUUCCUGUGGUUGUAUGUGCGAGCUAUAACAACGAUGAGGUUGCUUAGAGGAUUUAUGUUGUAAAUCGACCGGACAUUCCAAGGUACCGGGCAUUGAAAUGGAGACCGACAUUAGCAUGCCGAGAAGCUUUAAACCGUUACCCGAGAAUGAGCGGUUUAGAAUCCGACAUUCACUGGUCUGAAAUGAGAGAGGCUAGUGUAACAUGUAUCAUCCGGGAGAAUGGCAAGCCUUCGAAAGAAA